AGCUUAUUUCCGGUUCCAGUGAAACCUUUAUUAUUUUACAAAACACACAUCAAAAUCCAAGAAUUUUUGGAUAUAACACACCGUGUUCCUUCUGUUCGAUUAGGCAUUGAACAUUGAUUAUUAUAUUUUAUAUAUCGUAUAGUAAUACUGUAAAUUUCUGAUAAUGCGCACCUGCCUGCAGCGCUUCUUCUGCCCCAACAAGCCUGUUUCUAGUACGGGUGUCCGUUCCACCUUUGUCUACCCGAACGGAGGCACCUAUAAAGGGUAUUGGCUGCGCAACAAGAAUCAUGACUGGGGAGUGAAAACCACGGCGGAGCGCACCGCUAGCUACUACGCGCAGAAGAAGCAGCCGGAGGGACAGCUUGUUUAUAAUGGCACAUGGUCACAUAACAAGCGCCAAGGCGCCGGCUCGAUGGUGCGCAAACGCGGCACAGAUCUGCAAACCGUGUACAAUGGCCAGUGGUACGACGAUAUGAAAUGCGGCGAGGGCAAACACUUCUAUUCGGAUGGCUGUGUGUACUUUGGACGCUGGCUUCGGAAUCGUCGGCAUGGCAUGGGCAUUCAGUGGUACGCCGAUGGCAGCAUCUAUCUGGGCGAAUGGGAAGCAGACUUCAAACACGGCCUGGGCGUUUACUUCUAUGCUAAUGGCAAUCGCUAUGAGGGUCACUUUGCACGGGGCCUUAAGAACGGCGAGGGCGUCUUCUAUCACAUGCACACGGGUCAAAUCCAGAAGGGGGUCUGGGAGAAUGACAAUGCCAAGACGUCGGUUAUACAGGAUGAGCCCUAUAUCCGAUGCAAUGAUGCAGCUACGCCCUAUCCGAUACCACCAAUUCAACUCAAGUAUCCCAACGAGAUUAUGUGCGAGCUUUUCAAUCGCUACAGGCCCUUCGCUGAAAAGCCCCGGCGCCGCUUCAAUGAUAAGGUCAGCCUUGAGUUCGUCCAUCACCAGCGACAAUUUGCAUCCUUUGAGGAACGCAUGGCCACACCCACACGGCUGGAUCUGUAUCCCAAUGCGGGCUUUGUGUGUACCUGCAGUUGCAAAAUCUUGUGAGAAAUAGUAAAA